UCUGCAGUAAUCCAUGAGCAGCCUAUUUCCCAGCUCUGGAAGGUUCAGGUGAAAUGGAGCAGCCUGAUCUAGCUGACAUGUGGCCAAAAUUACUAAACAUGACAGAUUUCAGCACAUGCCUGGCAUAUAGUAGGUGCUUAAUACUUGUUUAUUGACUGAGAACUUCCCUUCAUUCAACCAUGGCUGGCUAUAACUCCCCCCCAAUCAUGGAUUUUGCCAAUGCAUGACUAGCAGAUGUGAUUGGUCUAGAGCUGCCUCUUGUGCGUUGGGCCAUGCAGAGAGAGAUGUGUGGGACAUGGGAGGCUUCUGUUGUUAAAGGGAAAUGGUCAGGUACAUUUAGUCCAAGACCCAUUUGCCAGAGUCCCUCCAGUGUCAUCUCCCUUCUCUCCUUCACCGGCUAGGAGACUUCAGUGACAGGAUAUCUUCUGAUGGGGGUCCUGGCAAGUCUUCCCAACAGGCUGAGCUUUGGGCCGCCUGGGUGCCAUGUGACAGGGCCUGAUGGGAGGGGGCCCAAGAAUCCAUUCGCUUCUCAGGAGCUGGACCAGAGAUCUGGGGCCUGGAAAGCCCAGCACUGGACAAGUGAAGGCUCUCCCUUUUGCAGCCAGGAUCAGUGGAGGAUUCUGAUGACCCCACACAUACACACACACACACACACACACUUGUUUGUGAGGCAUGUAAACCCCCAUCAGAGAUGUCUGCGUUGGUGACGUAGUGGAGAGAGGUCUGGACUUGGAGGCAGCAAGACCCCAGCUUAAACCCUGCCUCAGAGACUUAGCAGCUGUGACUUUGAGCAAGCUACAACCUCCCUCAGCCUCUGUUUCCCUCCUCCAGAAAGCUUCGGACUCUCCCUAGGGCUCAGUGCUGGCUCUUACGCUUGCCACCUCCAGUCAGGGGGCUGUCCAUCACCGGCCCUAAAAGGAGAGGGUCUAAGCUUUAAGAAGCUGACCGUACGGUCUCGAAUGCUAGGAGGCGAGACUGCGCAGGCGCAUUGUGGUCUCUGGUCGGCAGAGAUCUGGUCUCUAGUCCGGAAGCGGAGGGAAUCGGGCCGGAAGAGAACUACAUUUCCCAGGAGGCGUCGCGCGCCGGGACGGGAGGGGGGACGGAAGCGUGUUGACGCACACGUAGGACGCAGGCGCGCGGGAUUUAAACAGCGGCGGUUGGCGCAAGCUAGAUUUGACCGUGAAGGUAGACGCCUCUACUACUGCUGUGGUAUCCGCUGCUGCUCCGAGGCCUGCCCGGCUCCCGAACCUCCUCGCUGCCACACUCGUCCCUCGCCCGACUGGCUCGCCAUGGACGCUACUCUGCUUGCCCGUUUGCUUCCUGGCCUCGCCAUCAAGAUCCAGCGAAGCAAUGGUCUGAUUCAUAGUGCCAAUGUCAUGACAGUAAAUCUGGAAAGGUCCUCUGUCUCGGUGGAAUGGGCAGAAGGUGGUUCUACCAAAGGCAAAGAGAUUGAUUUUGAGGAUGUGGCAGCCAUAAACCCAGAGCUUCUGCAACUCUCUCCUCUCCCCGUCCACCCAAAGGAUAGCCUGCCCCUCCAGGAAAAUGUCACUGUCCAGAAACAAAAGCGCCGAUCAACCCUCUCCAAAAUCCCUGCUCCCAAAGAAGCUUUGCGUGGCCGUUCUACCCGGAUGUCUGCUAUAGCAGAGACUCAAAGACUCAUGGCCCAAGAGAACGACAUGGAAGUAGACCCCUCUGCAGCUGCCAGCACCAGGAGUCAGUUCACAAUUCCCAGUCUCCCUCGUGCUCCCCGUCCUGGCAUGACCGAGAUCCCACUGCCGGCUGUCAGUGAAGUUGUAGAAGAACAGACAUCUUCCAUCCGAAGCAACUCAUCUGCCAACCCAGCAAAUUCAGUUCGAAGGAAAUCAUGCAUUGUGAAGGAAAUGGAAAAGAUGAAGACAAAGCGUGAAGAGAAGAGGGCUCAGAACUCAGAAAUGCGGAUCAAGCGGGCACAGGAAUAUGACACCAGCUUGCCAAACUGGGAAUUUGCAAGAAUGAUCAAGGAAUUCCGAGCUACUCUGGACUGUCAGAGACUCACCAUAACUGACCCUAUAGAAGAACAUAGGAUAUGUGUCUGUGUUAGGAAGCGCCCUCUUAAUAAGCAAGAACUGGCCAAGAAGGAGUUUGAUGUUAUCUCAGUUCCCAGCAAGUGCCUCCUCCUCGUGCAUGAACCCAAGUUGAAAGUAGACCUGACCAAGUACCUAGAGAACCAGGCAUUCCGAUUUGAUUUUGCCUUCGAUGAAACGGCAUCCAAUGAGGUUGUCUACAGGUUUACAGCCAGACCCUUGGUACAGACAAUCUUUGAAGGAGGAAAGGCAACCUGCUUCGCAUAUGGACAGACAGGCAGUGGCAAAACCCAUACGAUGGGCGGAGAUUUCUCUGGAAAAAACCAGAAUGCAUCCAAGGGCAUCUAUGCAUUUGCCUCACGAGAUGUCUUCUUGCUGAAGAAUCAGCCCCGAUACAAAAACCUCGGCCUGGAAGUCUAUGUGACCUUCUUUGAGAUCUACAACGGGAAGCUCUUUGACCUUCUGAACAAGAAGGCUAAGCUCCGGGUACUAGAGGACGGCAAGCAGCAAGUGCAGGUGGUGGGACUACAGGAGCACCUGGUGAACUCGGCAGAUGAUGUCAUCAGGAUGAUUGAAACAGGCAGUGCCUGCAGGACCUCAGGGCAGACUUUCGCCAAUGCCAGCUCUUCCCGAUCCCAUGCCUGCUUCCAGAUUCUGCUCCGGGCCAAGGGGAAGCUGCAUGGCAAGUUCUCCUUGGUGGAUCUGGCCGGGAAUGAGAGAGGGGCUGACACAUCCAGUGCUGACCGGCAGACACGCAUGGAAGGGGCUGAGAUCAAUAAGAGCCUACUGGCCUUGAAGGAGUGUAUUCGGGCUCUGGGACAGAAUAAGUCGCACACACCAUUCCGGGAGAGCAAGCUGACACAGGUGCUCAGGGACUCCUUCAUUGGGGAAAACUCCCGAACCUGCAUGAUUGCCAUGAUCUCCCCAGGGAUGAGCUCCUGUGAAUAUACUCUGAACACCUUAAGAUAUGCAGACAGGGUCAAGGAGCUGAGCCCUAACAGCGGUGGGAAUGGAGAAUUGCAGACCCAGAUGGAGACGGAGGGGGAAGAGCUGGAACCCAGCUCAGACAGUGCCCUCCACCCUCAUGGUCUGUCCAAAGACGAAGAGGAGCUCUCAUCCCAGAUGUCCAGCUUCCAGGAGGCCAUGACUCAGAUUGGGGAGCUUGAAGAGAAGGCCAUAGAGGAGCUCAAGGAAAUUGUUCAGAAAUGGUCUAAUUGGAUCGAGCUGCUAGAGACCACAGAACAGCCAGACUAUGACCUGGAGACCUUUGUAAGCAAAGCUCAGCAUGCUGCCACCGAGGGCAUCAAGAACUUCAACAGCCUCCAAGAUGUCCUGCGGGCCCUGCGCCUGGCCAUGCAGCUGGAAGAGCAGGCCAGCCAGCAGAUAAGCAGCCACAAACGACCUCAGUAACAUGCCAAUAAAAGAUGUUUGAUGGUUAA